UCAGCAGGUGAUGUUCACAUGAUAGAAGCAGAUGUUCUUCUUCGUGGUGGCAAGGGAGGAAAUGGAGACCCUAUCAUGGCUCAUCCACCUGAAACAGACAGUGACAACACAUUGCAGGAGUGGCUAAAAGAGGUUGUCAACACCGAUAAAGGCAUCAAGCUGGAUUUUAAGAGCCUAGAAGCCGUGCGGCCUUCCUUGGAGCUUCUAGGACAUGUGAAGCAGCGUUUGAGGCGACCCGUUUGGAUCAACGCAGACAUCCUACCGGGACCUAAUGGAAAUAAUGCUGCAGUGGAUGCAGGAGGGUUCCUCGACACUGUCACUUCAUUUUUCCCGAACGUAACCUUAUCGCUGGGGUGGACAACUGACUGGCAGCCUGACAAACACAAUAAAGGCUACGAUUGGAUGAUGGUGAAAGAAAUGGCCGAGAUAUGCAAUCCUCUUUCCCAGCCUGUAACUUUCCCCAUAAGAGCAGCGUUAGUACGACAGUCAAUAUCUGAGCUGUGUUGGUUGAUGCAACAGUCAGACAGAUACAGCCUCACUGUCUGGACAGGAAAGGAAGAUGUGUAUUCUGUAGAAGAUUUGCUUUAUAUCCGAGAAAACUUUGAUAAAAGUAGAGUUUAUUAUGACAUCUUAGAGCCACAAAAUUCUGAAUUCAGAAAAGCCAUAGGAGUAGAAUAG